CCCACCAAAAGGGGGUGAGAGAGAGAGAGCCUGCCUACGCGGGCGGGCCCACGCAGUCAGGCGUCGCGGUUUUACCCGGAUCCGGGAAAACUUUCAGGAGUCGGGAGAUUUUACUCUCAGUUCUUCCUGCACUCAGUUGCAGCCCCGGUGGUUAAUUUCCUACAUUCUGUUUCGAUCCUUGCCCGUCUCUCUCACCGUCGCUGAUCUAAGCAUCACGCAGUCACUUACUUUCGGAAUCGAGGGAAGGUGACUCUCCACCGAGAACGAUUUUCGCCGCCUUCUCUUUCCCGCCCUUCCUUCCACUGUCGCCGUUCGUUUAUUCGUUUCUCUCCUAUUUUCGUCUUCGUUUUGGAGUUCCGACUGAUGUUGGGUAUGUUUUAUUCGUAAGCUGUUGAAGCUUGUAUAGUGCAAUCCUCUGCAGGUGAAGGCAAGGUUCGAAGAUGUUGUGGGUGGACAAGUACAGACCCAAAACCCUAGACAAAGUGAUCGUUCAUGAAGACAUAGCCCAAAACCUCAAGAAACUAGUAGCCGAGCAGGAUUGCCCCCAUUUGCUCUUCUAUGGCCCUUCUGGGUCUGGGAAGAAAACUCUAAUCAUGGGUUUGCUCCGUCAAAUAUAUGGCCCUGGUGUUGAAAAGGUGAAGGUGGAGAAUAGGACAUGGAAAGUCGAUGCUGGUAAUAGAACAAUUGAUCUCGAGUUGACUACAUUAUCAACUGCAAACCACGUGGAAUUAAGUCCUAGUGAUGCGGGCUUCCAGGAUAGAUAUGUUGUGCAGGAUGUUAUCAAAGAGAUGGCUCGGAAUAGGCCAAUUGACUCGAAAGGAAAGAAAACAUUCAAAGUGGUAGUGCUUAAUGAGGUUGACAAGCUUUCAAGAGAGGCCCAACAUUCUCUACGAAGAACUAUGGAGAAAUAUAGCACUUCCUGCCGGCUAAUUCUCUGCUGUAACAGUUCUUCAAAGGUUACUGAAGCUAUUCGUUCCCGUUGUCUGAAUGUUCGAAUAAAUGCUCCUGCACAGGAACAGAUUGUUAGGGUCUUGGACUUUAUCGGGAAGAAAGAAGGGCUGGAAAUUCCACCCGGAUUUACUGCUCGUAUAGCUGAAAAAUCAAAUCGAAGUUUAAGGAGAGCCAUACUCUCAUUCGAGACUUGUCGGGUUCAACAGUACCCUUUCAAAAAUAAUCAAGAAAUCUCUCCAUUGGAGUGGGAAGAGUAUGUUUCCACCAUAUCCUCUGACAUAAUGAAGGAGCAGAGUCCUAAAAGAUUGUUUGAGGUUCGAGGAAAGUUGUAUGAACUACUUGUCAACUGUAUUCCUCCUGAGAUUUUGUUGAAGAGGCUUCUAUAUGAGUUACUGAAGAAACUGGACGAUGAUUUGAAGCAUGAGGUCUGUCAUUGGGCUGCAUAUUAUGAACAUAGAAUGCGAUUGGGUCAGAAAGCCAUAUUUCAUCUCGAAGCAUUUGUGGCGAAGUUUAUGAGCAUAUACAAGUCUUUCCUGGUGUCGACAUUGAUGAUGUGAAGUUUGCGUAUGUUGUAAUUUUCACAUCCUCUCCUCACACUUAGUGCUUUCUAUCGCCAAACAUAAGGAGAUUAUCUAUGUCCUUCCUUCCUUCCUUCCAUGUGAGCUUUGUGUUUGCGUGGUUAUUUCGUUCUUUAAAACAAGUUGUGCUCCAAGUUCUCCCUCGUGUUUUGGUUAAAUCGAAAGCGUAUGUGCUUAGUCCACCAUUCUCAUGCACAGUUAUAGAGAGUGGUGAAGCAAUAUGGACUGAUACAAUGGCAAAAAUAACCGUAACCGUGGAUAUCUGUCCGAAUUCGGCCUAAUCGGGUAGGAUAAAACCCGAACGCAAAGGACAUUUACUGGCUACGUGUAAAAUCCGAACCCGAAUAUUAUGAGUAAUGGGUGGGCAUGGGUUUCUCACUAUCCAACUCGAACCCUCCCGAUUAUACAUAUGCAUAUGUAUUUUGUCUAGAAAUAAUCAUUAUUUUUCUCUAACAUAUUUUAUAUUUAGCAUAUAAAUAUAAUAUUUUCAUGAAGUUGUGUAGUUUUAAUUAAUUUUUUUCAUUCUAGUGAAUUAUUAUCAUACUUUUCCUCUUACGUAAUGUGAUAAUAUGUGUGAAUGUUAACAUAUUGGUUAGAGUUAUGAAGAGAAAUUAUUACCCAUGGAUAACCGUGGAUACCCGAAACCCGAACGAGUAUGGACAUGGUUUUGAUUUUCUACCCGUUUCACAUGUGAGUAUGAGUAUGGGUAAAACCCGAACUACUAUGGGUAGGGUAACGAAUAUACACUAUCCGUGCCCGACCUGACCCAUUGCCAUCCCUAUACAGAGCCAGAUCAAAAGCAUAUGGAUGCCAAAUUCGGGGUCGGACCGACCGUAUAUGGACAGGAUAGGGUGGUAAAAGAGGAGGAACAUAACCGGAUGAAAGCUGCGUUCUUGGAUUUGGCUUCGAUUUCUUGUGUUUAUUUUUGUUUUUGAGAUUAGAAACAAAGUUUCGUACAUUUUUCCUGGGAAUGGAUCAGGUCAGUAACCUUAUGGUGAGUAACCCGUCCACAUCAGUAUGACAUCAGCAUCCUCUCUCUCAUGAAAAACCUUUAAUUUUCCCCUUCUUAAUCUUUGACGGACGAUUUCUCACUCAUUUUAAGUCAAAUUUUAAUUUUUUUUGCACAGUUAGAUUAGAUUAAUUGUGCUCUUCAAAAUGAUAUCCACUCUGAUAUAUUUUUCGAACAAAAAAAUUAAAGUCAUUUUUUACCAGUCUAUACCUUAUGGUAUUGACUGGUAUUGAAAUAAAAGCAUACCUAUGGUUUGAAAAACGUACCAUGGUGGUAUGAACAAAUCAAGACUGUAGGAUGGUUGAAUACAUGAUAGUAGAAGCAUAUUAAUUGUCAUUUACGACUUUUAACAUUGUAUACCACAAGAUACCACCCCGUACCAGGGUGGUAUUGUAUGGUAUUGUGUGGUAUUUUUUGGUCCUGUAAUUUGUUCACCCAGAAAUUUGUAGAUCCAAUAGAUCAUGAUGAACUCGUCCCUUCUGUGCAAACGUUUUCAAAAACGAAUUAAAAACGAAGAAGAUACCAUAUUGUAUGCAGUUGGUACCGAGAGACCAGAAUUUUUUUUCUCAAAAAAUAUUGAAAAUUGAUCUCAUUUUGUAGAGCACGAUGAACUCAUUCCAUCUGUGCAAAAAAAAUUAAAAUCCGAGUUAAAACGAAAAAGAUAUGAGUCAAUUAAGAAAACUAGAAAAAAUAAAAAUGGUCUUUAAUUCUCCAUCCUUAGAUCUGGAUUUUCUAAAUAAAAGGUCCAGAUUUGG